AUGGACAUGCUGAGCACCAUCCAGCCAAUCCUGGCCUCCUCGUUGCUUGCGCAAAUCCCUGAAGAGGGCGGCGGGCAAUUGCCGCGGACGGGUUGCGGCACCCGCGAAAUCGACGACGCUCUCAGAGGAGGCCUUGACCUCGGGGUCGGAGGUGUAGCAUGCAUCAGCGGGGAAAAAGGCAUCGGCAAGACGGCGCUUGCGUUUGCUUUUUUGACCACGCACUUGCUGAGUCAGCCCGCAAACCAAGCCGUCGUCAUAGACACGACCGGCACCUUUGACGUCCUCAGGCUCUACAACAGCAUUUUAUCAAGAAUUCGAGCCGAUCCGAGUCCUGCAGCAGAAGACCAAGAAGCUGUCGCCGAAGAAACUCUUGGAAAGGUGAAGAUCAUGCGAGUUUUCGAUUUUCUGGGCAUGAUAGAAGCAGUAUCCGAGGUGCGAGAAACACUUGAGAACCAGCGCCAUCAUCAGGAAAGUCGACAAGAAAAUCCUUUGCAAGAGCCUGCACGCCCCAAAGAACAAGUUCCGGCAAAGGACCAGGAAACUCGUAAACCACAACGCAUCCGGAGCACCAUUCCUGACAGCGAGGAUGAAUCGGAAGACGACGACGACGCAAUGUUACUCGAUCAGGAUGAAGAGCCAACUGAAGACGAGAGAACAGAGGAGAUGCCGGAAGAUGGCAAUGGGAGGAAAGAAGAAGCAGAAGAUGGGAGAGUUGGCAUGAUCGUCGUUGAUAACAUCACCCACGCCGUCAGCCCUAUGAUGAAAACCAACUACGCCCAAGCUUCCGCUCUCUUGACGUCCUUCCUUCGCUCUCUGUCGCAGCUCACCAGGACGCACAAACUCAUCACCGUCCUCGUCAACGCCGUGACCACCGUCCCGAAACCCCCUCCAUCAGCCACCGACUCGCCGCAGCACACGCAAGCCCCCAUCAAGAAUCCAUGUCCAUCCAUCUUCGCAUCGGCAGGACAUAUCAUGCCAGCUCUUUCCCCCAUCCUCCCAGCCCAGGCCGACUUCCACCUCCUGAUCACCUCACAACCUCUUACUCGCCAAGAUGCAGUCACCCUCCACUCUUUCUCGAAUAACCCUUCCUCUCACGCCAACGGGAGCAGAUUGGACCGGGCGAGCGUGAUGGAAGUGUUGAAUGAUCGCUAUGGAGAUCGAGUUGGAAGAUGGGCAGCGUUUGCAUCGGAUGCGAGCGGGUUGAUUGUAGGCGUAGAUCCGGAACGUGGAGUUCCGCCGAAGCAGUACCGUCUGCCCGGAUUCGCGAGCAAGAUGGUUCUUUGA